AUGCCGAGCAUGAAGUCAAUCCUGUGUGCGGUAGCGGUGGGAUGUGUCGCAAGCACCAUGGCGCUGCCUGCGGCGCCAAAGUACACAUAUACUGCCUACGAGAAGAGGGCCUAUGAGUACGGACAGCAGGCACGCAAGCUGAUGCUCGAGCGGAGACAAAACCCCGCCACGGGCCUGCCGGACGGCUUGACCGACGUUGAUAUUCUCGAAUUGUACGGUCCCUCUCCUCUUCUCCCCUGCUCUCUUCUCUACCCUCCUCUCUACUCUCCCAACCUCACAAUCCUUCAAGCAGAAGCUAACAGACCACGCAGCGCUCUCACGCUCGAGAACCUCGAGACUGCGUUCUACCAGCAGGGCUUCGCCAAGUUCCAGGACACCGACUUUGCAGCGCUGGGCCUGGCGCCGGCUGAGAUCACCAACUUGAAGUCGAUUGGAGGCACAGAGGCUACUCAUGUCACGACCCUCAACGCUGCUAUUUCUGGCGCUGGCACAGCUCCGGUCGCGCCGUGCACCUAUAACUUUGCCCCUGCGCUUACCGAUGCUAAGACUAUGGUUGCCACCGCUGCGGUGCUGGAGAACGUCGGUGUUUCUGCCUACCUUGCAGCAGCGCCCCUCGUCAAAGCCCCCGGCAUCCUCACCGUCGCCGGCGAGAUCGUCACGGUCGAAGCCCGCCAUCAGACCUUCGUCCGCACCGCCUCCCGCACGGCCGCCAUCCCCUCCGCCUUCGACACCCCGCUCGGCAUCCGCGCCGUCUUCACCCUCGCCGCGGGCUUCAUCUCCGCCUGCCCGGCCGGCUCCAACCUGGCCAUCACGCCCUUCCCGGCCCUGACCAUGACGGCCGGCGCCGCCAUGCCCGCCUCCCCGAUCGCCGCCGGCUCCCAGGUCGCCGUCACCACCACCGCCACGGGCGGCACCUCCUGCGCCUUCGUCAACGGUGGCCUGCCCGGCGGCUCCGCCUUCACCCCCUUCACCAACGGCGCCUGCACCGUGCCCCAGAACCUGGCCGGCGUGACCUACCUCCACCUGGCGAGCUCCACGCCCCCGGAUAACAUCCUGACUGAUGCCAUCACGGUCGCAGGACCCAUGGUCAUGACCAUCACGUAG